AUCCCCCUCACCACCACCACGGAGAGGCUCCAUGGCUGCCGCGGGACUCAAGGCUGCAGGCGGCAGCGUGUGGAAGAGCGGCGGAGUCGGUCUGCAGCUGGUGGCCGCUGCCGCUUCCACUCACAGCUGCGCCUCUAAAGGCAGCGUAGACGGGCGCGCAGGCUGCAGCCAGCCGAGGGCCCACCAGCACCAGUCGGCGGGACACUCGCCGCCGCCGCCGCCCUCCUUGAACGGCAAAGUCAAGAGAGCCGGGGACUCCAGCCAUGCAGCUACUGCCCCCUUGGGCAGCCCCGUCGAAGGGGUCGACACCAAGUCCUAUCUCUGGGCCAGGUACCACGAGAUGAAAAAGCUGGUUUACGAUCUCCUCCCACCAGGGGUCUGCAGUCUUCUUAACCCAGCAGCUAUUUAUGCAAAUAAUGAGAUCAGUCUGGGAGAUGUAGAGAUCUAUGGCUUUGAUUAUGAUUACACAUUAGCGCAAUAUUCAAAUUUGUUACAUUCUAUGAUAUUCAACACUGCCAGAGACAUCUUAAUUGAACAGUUUAAGUACCCAGAAGGACUCAGAAAAUAUGAAUACAUUCCUGGAUUUGCCAUAAGAGGGCUUCACUAUGAUGUCCACAAGAGCCUUCUGAUGAAGAUCGAUGCUUUCCACUAUGUUCAGUUGGGUACUGCAUAUCAAGGGCUGAAACCAGUGCCUGAUGAAGAGGUUAUUGAGAUGUAUGGCGGAACCCAGCAUAUUCCAUUAUACCAAAUGAGUGACUUUUACGGCAAGGGUCCAUCAAUUAAGCAGUUUAUGGACAUCUUCUCCCUUCCUGAAAUGACUCUGCUUUCAUCCGUGACUGACUAUUUCAUGACUCACAAUAUUGAGUAUGACCAAGUUCAUCUUUACAAGGAUAUAAGUGAUGCCAUUAAAGAUGUCCAUGUGAAAGGAAUGAUGUACAAAUGGAUUGAAAAGGACAUGGAAAAAUAUAUUCUUCAUGGAGAUGAAACUUACGCUGUCCUAAAUCGACUCGUUAACCAUAACAAAAAACUAUUUCUUAUCACAAACAGUCCUUUUAGCUUUGUUGAUAAAGGAAUGAAGCACAUGGUUGGCAAGAACUGGCGAGACCUUUUUGACAUGGUCAUUGUGCAAGCAGAUAAGCCGAAUUUCUUCACUGAUAGACGCAAACCCUUCAGGAAAAUGGAUGAAAAAGGUUCACUUCAUUGGGAUAAAAUAAGCAAACUGGAAAAGGGGAAAAUUUACAAACAGGGCAAUCUGUUUGAUUUUCUGCGGCUAACAGGCUGGCGGGGGUCCAAGGUCCUUUAUUUUGGUGACCAUUUGUACAGCGACCUUGCAGAUCUCAUGCUGCGGCAUGGUUGGAGGACAGGUGCCAUUGUUCCAGAACUUGAAACGGAAAUCCGAAUCAUUAAUACAGAACAGUAUAUGCACUCUUUGACUUGGCAGCAGGCUCUUACAGGACUUUUGGAGAGAAUGCAGAUGUAUCAAGAUGCAGAAUCUAGACAGGUGCUACUGGAAUGGAUGAAAGAACGACAGGAAAUUAGGUCACUUUCGAAGAAUCUUUUUAACCCUCAAUUUGGAAGCAUCUUUCGAACCUUCCACAACCCAACCUAUUUUUCUCGAAGACUGAUUCGUUUCUCUGACAUCUACAUGGCAUCCAUCAGUUGCCUGCUGAACUAUGAUGUCAACUUCACCUUCUACCCCCGACGCACUCCGCUGCAGCAUGAAGCUCCCCUCUGGAUGGACCAGCUCUGCACUGGUUGCAUGAAGACUCCAUUCUUGGAGGAAAUGGUGCACAUCCGGUGAAAGGAUGUGUAUGUCCCACUGCUGUGAUACAGUUGUUGUAUAUCAAGAGCCUAACAGCUUAACCUUAGAUUGCAACCUGGUUACAGUGUGUGCCCAUUGCUGUCCUUUGCCUCCCAGCACUUCCUAAUAGAUACUCAAGAUGAACGAGUGAAAAGGCUGUACAAAUUAUGUCUUAGAAAUUCUUCACUGAUAAGAAGUCCAAAGGUGAAUUAGGUUCCUGUGCACUGUCUCCAUAGAGAUUCUACCCAAAAUGUUCAGAUCCAGAGUUUGUGCACUGUGUAGCUUUGAUCCAAUGAUAUUCUCAGAACUUGUUGAUACUAUACAGCCCUAUUUGUCCAUGUCUCUAUCCAGACUUUAGAUGUGACUUAGCUGUGAUUAUAUUGGCAAAUAGCUCUGGAUGUAUUCCUACGAAAAUGUGGACACAUUUAUAUUCUUAAGACCUAAGCCAGAAUCACUUUUGGUUCAUUAGCUCUGUGAUGCACUCUAAAUCCUUGGCAAAAGAAUUUUAAACUUUAAUAACUGCCAGCAGCUCAGAAUGUGCUAGAUUAACACUUGAUUAGGUUAUAAAUUCAAAGGUGCUAGCUUGUGUAUCUUUGCACAACUGAGCACAGUAUAAUAAACAACAUAUAGCCAAUUCAGUUUUAUGUACAAAUGUAGAGAUCAACAGAGCUUAUUGUUAGCAUGGCCCAGAAGGGCUAAACAAGCAAAGUUUCUCUCACGGUGGAUCAAUGACUGCUGCUGAGAACAUAGUGAGAUUUCACAAUAGGUAGUGCAUUUCUGCUAGAGCGUGGACUGGUCCACAUGUACCACUUGAUUACACUUUGACUUGUAGCACAAUGUGUGACCUGACCAUUGGAAAGCACUGUGUUUGUGGUAACAUCAGCUGAUGUGGUAGCUUUGUAAUGGCUCAACAAUGAACGUAGUUGCUGCACUCGUCACAUGAUGUGCAUGCAUGUGUCAAUCAGCCCUAUUAAAUAUACCAUACCAUAUAUUUCUAAAAACUACCUUUCACCAUUGUAUAAGUGUAGCUUUAAUUUCAAACCUAUUGCUUAACGAGAUCAAAAUAGGGAAACGAAUGGCGAAUUAUUUAAGCAUCUGCUACUUUUUAGCCUGACACAAAUGAAGGACAUAAUCUAUCACCAGUGUGCUGCAAAAGGGGAGCCUAGGGUUCAAUGGCUGAAGCCACAGGUGCUUUCCCCUUUGUAUGAGAUGUAAACCUGGGUCUCUUUCACUGUGCAAUAGGUGGAGCUGCCAUUGAAAGACUCCUCAGAAGCAUCAGCUACCACAAGUGGUGAGUUUUCAAGACCAUGUUAACUUAAGUGUUCCAGUGUUUGCACGGGUUUCCUAUUGUCUUCAAAGCUCAGCUCAGGAUGCUAGCUUUUACCUAGAGAGGACGACUGUGGCACAAUUCUAAGGCGCAUGCUCUGCAUAUAAAAAGCCUUCAAGCUCUCUGUAUGUUUGGGAAUGUCCCAUCUAAAAUCCUGCAACUGGUCUGACUUGAUAGAAGGCGGUUUCCUAUAUAUUUGUAAAGUCAAACAUUUUUGGCCAAAGCUAGUUUGGCGACACAUCUUUUCUAUAUUUUAUCAUAAUGGCGUCCCCAGACCCUCAACUUAAUACCUGUUUUUGUAUCCAGCUAGUGCAGAUCAGAAACAUACCAUUUAAUAGAACAUCUUUCCCUGGAAGACUCACCAAAGUCCAUUUGGGCUGGCUUUGGUAAGCGUUGCAGGUGUAUAAAUUAAAAGCCGGGCAGGGGGACAUGUGUUUAUUUUUUAAUAUUGCAAUCUGAUUGAAUUCUAUAAUGGGUUUUAUGCUGGCUAAUUUAGGUAUGGCUAUAAAUAAAU